AUGCCCGCGUCUGGUACAAUUACGCAGUCCGACGAAAUCAAAGUAGUUCCAUGUCAGGAGAUAACAAAUCCAACACCGCUUGUUACGCGACUGAAUCUGGCUGAAAUAGAUUCACUUAUCUCACCUUUUAUUAGACGAAGAUCGGAUGAAUUUACCCAGCAAGAAACCACUUUGUUGAUUGAAGAAAUUGGCAAACUUCGUCAUAUUCUCCUUUCUAAAGCUUCACAUCACUCUAGAAUGAAGAAAAAGGCCUGGGAGGAAUUGAAGAAGAAAUGGGAAAACAUCGUAUUGAAGACGAGGAGGAUACUUCGUGAUGGCCUACUGGCUGAGCAGAUGGAACGAAAUGAGACCUUAAGGAUGGUGGUGCAAUUUCUCAUAGAAGCAAAUCAAGCGAAGGGGUUGGUUGAAGAGUCUGGGGGAACAACAUCAGCAACAAAUGAACAAAUGUCUAUGGAAUAUUCCGAUAAUCUUCUAAUUUCUUCACAGUUCGGGACUGAAAGUGUAGCAAGUGCACAGGAAACAGUGAAUGCAGUAACCAAUGUCAGUAAUACCGAAUAUCACAUUCAGUCCCCUCAAGUUAUACAAAUAAAAAGAGACGAAAAUGAAACUCCCGUUACAGCUAAUGCUGGCACUCAUACUGCGACAAACUCAACAGACGUUGGAUCUGAGGUAGAAAGUGAUGAAGAUUCAUCGGCUAAUGAAGACACUACCGAGGCGAUUGUAUUCCCUAAUGCAGACGGCAGUCCGCAUGGAUGGAAUAUUGGUGAUGAAUCCAACCUGACUGGACCCAGAAAAAGAAAAAUUAUACACAAAGAGUUGCUCAGGCAUUCAAAAGCUGAACACAAGCAGCGAAUGAAGAUUCUGGAUAUAAAAUAUCGCUACUGGAAACUGAAAUUCGACUCUCUCAAGAGAAAAGUGGCACAGGAGGAUCAGCAACAGCAAUAA